AAUUUAUUGGAAAUUUCAUUAUUCGUUGAUCUGUCGGAUUACCCUUCACUUUUAAUCGAAACUAUCACGGAUUAUUGUCCUUUGCUUACCUCUUUUAGUAUUAAGAUACGUAAAGAAGACGAAAUUCCAAAAUUAUUUUAUUUAAUGAAAAAUUCUAAAAAUUUGAAAUUCCUUUACAUCCUUUUUAGUGAUUUCAUUUAUUUACAUUUAACCAUUAAGAAAAAUUUAAAGGAGUUUGCUCAAUACAUUUCUUCUACAUUAGUCACCUUGGAUAUAUCAAAAUGGUUAAUUUCUUUUAAAAUAUUAGAGAAUUUUCUUGAGAAUUUAUAUCACCUU